UCUGUUUUUGAAAAGUGGUUGACGUUAGAUGAGAUUGUCGAGGAGUUGCUGGCUGAGGAAGACCCAGGUGAUAUUAUUUUAUUUCCUCCUGAUGAUGGCGUGGUGACUGACGAAGACAGUGGAGAUGAAAACGAAGCUAAUAUUCUUCAUCUUCUGAGUUGUAUGCUUCGAUCUCCAGUAGAGCUACAAAAUAGACCCUCCAGUUCUGGAGAAAAUCGCAUGAAUGACCUGGAAGAAGAAGAAAUCGACGUGCCUGCACCGAAGAAAAAAAAAGCCAAUACAAUAAAAAAAUGGUAUAGCAACGACACUUUUUUUACUAGUUGCGGCAAAGGAGACCAUGAUGAAGAAGUUUUUACUAACUCUCAGGAAGUGAUGAGUGCCGUCGAGUAUUUCGAAUUGCUCUAUAAUGACAUAAUAAAAUUCAUAGUUGAUACGAGCAAUUUGUACGCUUUACAGAGAAAUCACACUCUGAAUGUAACUUGUGAUGAAAUUAGAGUGUACAUUGCAAUACUGCUACUUACAGGAUAUUUGACUCCAAAGUAUAUGAGAAUGUUAUGGGUAGUAAAAAGUGACACGCUCAAUGACCUAGUAGCAUCUAGCAUAAGGCGGAAUAGAUUUUUCGAAAUUCUGCAAUAUCUUCAUCUUUCUGACAGUACAUCCUUGCCGCCUAACGACAAAUUUGCUGAAGUUCGAGAAUAUUUUACAAAACUGAUUGUAAAUUUCACUGCACAUUUCAAAAAAGCAAGUUCUUCACACAUUUCCAUAGAUGAAACUAUAGUACCAUACUUUGGAAGGCAUGGUACCAAACAACAUAUCCACGGAAAACCGAUAAGGUUCGGUUACAAGCUCUGGUCAGCUGCUACGCGCCAUGGAUAUUUAGUAAAUUGUGAGCCAUAUCAAGGCGCGUCCGGCCCUGGCCUCAAGAUGAAGUCCGACUUGGGCCUAGGAGCUGCUGUUAUUUUAGAACUCCAUUCAAGAUUACCAGAAAAGUUAGGACCGUACAACUUAUACUUUGAUUGAUUCACUGGUUUGCCUCUUGGGGGCACGGGUACUGUUCGGGAAAACCAGUUAGAGAAUUGUAAUUUGCCAUACUCAAAGGACAUGAAAAAAGAGCCAAGAGGAAAGCUACGUCAUAAAGCUUCUAAGGAAAUUAUUGCAGCUAAGUGGCAUGACAAUAGCAUCGUCACCAUUGCAUCCAACUGCCACGGAUUGGAUCCUAUCACAAAAGUGGAUCGGAUUGGAUUUGUGGAUAAAAAACGAGCUAAAAUUCAAGUUGACUGCCCAGCCGUCAUCAAGAUGUACAAUAAGUACAUGAGUGGGGUAGACCGCUUUGACGAAAACGUUGACUCCAUGAGGGUAGCUCUUCGCGGCAAAAAGUGGUGGUUCCCUUUGUUUGCUUUUGGUCUGGAUGCAGCUUGUCAAAAUGCAUGGCUGAUCAAAAGACAGUCAGAAAACAACUGGAUCUAUUGCGAUUUUCGGCGAAAUGUAGUAACUAUUUACCUACAAAAAUAUGGCAAGCCCGCGUCCCGUAAUUCUGCUUGUGGCGUUCCUGUUCAGAUAAGAGUACCUGCCGCGGUAAGGACCGCAGGAAGUGCGGACGAUCACUCGGAAGUCAACUGCUCUCAACGAAGAUGCGGAUAUUGUCACCAACGCACUAGAAAAAUGUGU